UGUCAUUUGCUGUACACCUGCACCGAGACACAUGUCGUAGCUGGCGGAGCUCUUAUUGGAUCGCAGGAGGGCUCAGUGCCGCGAAACAUCUGCGAGUGAACGCUCUGCGCCUGCCUCCCGCACCUCUUUAGCGGAUGCUUGCCGUUAACAUGCUCCUGGUUCCGCAAAAGCGAUCGUGAUGAAUGCUUGCAAACAUGCCAGCGCAGAGUAGCCACCCAAGCCGCGACACCGGAUGAUAAGAAAAGACAAAUAAAAGGAAAACACAGAUAUAACAUAAUAAUAAAAGAGAAGAGAGAAUAGAUAGGACUGGUAUAUUCCACACCCAUUCUCUCUGGUGACUUAAUUUUCCCCCAAGAGCUACCAUAGUGAUAUUCGGUGACCUGGGGGGUAAAAUAGACGCAAUAUUUUAACCUGUGAUCAGGCAGAGGUCAUAGCAUGACCUUUGACCUCGUGUAGAGUUAAAGUGCAAUUAAAGGCCACUGACCCUCUGAUCAGCUGGUCCUACAAUCUACAUCUCCGUUGAGGUAGAAUCCCCGCGUCAGGAUGGUGUUGGUCGAGCUGCUGGCGGGCCUUCGCGGGCUCGUGAAGGUGAAGCACGACGCGGACAUCCACAGCGCCAUUUUCAAGCUCCAUUUUCGGCUCACGGCGACCAUGCUCUUCUGUUUCUGCCUUUUUUGUAACAUACUUUUAUUUUCCUUUUCUUUUCUCACAGGAACGGGAGUGGCAUACCCUGGCGUUGGUCCUCUCUACCCGACGGAUACCAAGACGUACCACGCUUACUACCAGUGGGUGCCGUUCGUUCUUUUCCUGCAGGGCCUGAUGUUCUACGCCCCCCACUGGCUCUGGAAGACGUGGGAGGGCGGGAAGCUGGAGUCCAUCGUCAUGGGGCUCUCCAUCCCCGUCAUGAACAAGGAGGAGCGCCACGAGAAGAUCCACCUACUGGCCGACUACCUCCACGCCUCCCUCCACCAUCACAACUUCUACGCCAUCAAGUUCUUCCUCUGCGAGCUGCUUAAUUUAGCGAACUGUUUGUUCAACAUGUGGUUCAUGAACGAGUUCCUGGGCGGGAUGUUCUUCACGUACGGCAUCGACGUGCUGGCCUUCACGGAGACCAACCAGGAGGAGCGGACGGACCCGAUGAUCGUGGUGUUUCCGCGGGUCACCAAGUGCUCCUUCAACAUGUACGGGCCGUCGGGCACCAUCGAGACCCACGACCUCAUGUGCGUCCUCGCGCUCAACAUCAUCAACGAGAAGAUCUACGUCUUCAUGUGGUUCUGGUUCGUCAUCCUGGCCAUCAUCAGCACAAUGGCGCUCAUCUACCGCCUCCUCGUGUUCUGCGUCCCCGCCAUCAGGUCGGGGCUGCUGCAGAAGCGCGCGAGGCUGCGCUACAAGAACAGCAUCGACGCCGUCUCGCGAAGGCUGCAGGUCGGUGACUUCUUCCUGCUGUACCUCCUGAGCAAGAACGUGGAGCUGCUCUCCUUCAGCUCCCUCAUGGAGGAGCUGUCCCUCCGGCUGAGCAACCGCCGCGUCCACCCCGACCUGGACGUGUCGCCGGCCCCCGUCCCGCCCGAGCGCUUCCACCUCAUGAACGAGAACGCAUGACAAUCGGCCGCCCUCGAGGACACCUACAGGAGGGACGAGGACUCCGCGAAGGUCGAGGACAAGGUGGACCCCGAGGGCUGCUGUGGCAAGCUGUGCAGAUGCGUUCCCUGCAAGUGAGCGCCUCUGCCUCGAGACGUCGGUUGCGUGACCAUGGCGGGAGGUGUGGGUUCCAGCCGUGGGUGUGAUUCACAGUGACAAGAAGGAGACAGUUUAUGGAAUGAUAAAUAUUCUAGUGUAUUUAUAAGAUCGUGUGAUGGACAGUAUUAUAUUUAAUUAUAGUAAAAUGCGGAUUGAUGGCAAUGUUCCUAUUUUGAGCGUAAAAUAGCAGCAUAAUUACACCAUAUUCCUAGGAUAUAGUAAGUCAUUCCGCAUGAUAUUAAGAUUACGUUUUGCAGUACCCUUGCUGGGACCAUUACACACAGUACUUACACGGGAAAGGGGGGGCGGGGUUACUCGAGCGCAAGCGUUCAAACCUUGCUGAGGAUAUAUUUAUUUUUCUAAGCGUAUCAUGUUGCAAAUGUGUUUGAUACUUUUGAGAACACGAUAGAACAAGUAGGUUGACCUCGCCCCUAACACCCCCCCUCCCCCCACUUCCAACACUCUCCCCUCCUCCCAGUCUCUACAGUUACUUUUCCUAAUCAACAGUCACGUGUCUCUGCCAGGGAAUGUUCCUAUGUUCAUAUCACUCGUUAAUUAGUGCUGGUAUCCAGAACUGAUUGAUAGAUCGCUGUAUAUUUUCUUUUUUUUUGGGGGGGGGUUUGGAUAACCGAAAGAAGGCGUUCUCAGUGGAUGUCGAGAUGAUUACUUAGAUUAUCAGUUGGUUCAACUCUUUUAAGUUAAAAAUCCAUCUGACUGAACCUCGAGCAGAAACUGCCAGAAGGAAAUGAAAAGGUCUUCUCCUCAUUGCAAGAAUCAACAAGCAUAAUGAAUUCUUGGAGAUUUCAACAUGGCAGGCAGAAUUAACAGGAGAUGUGACUGCACAAAGUUUUCGCCGCGAAUCACAAUCGUUGUCUCAGUCUAUUUAAAAUGUAGAAUGUAAGGUUUGGAUUGGUGUGAAUAAUUUGUUUAGAUUUGGUGUAUGAUGGUGGAUGGAUGUUGAAAUGUAACCAAGGAAUUCCAGUUAAUAAUGAUAGUUAAAAUGCGGGUUCUAAUGCUCUUCCAGAACUGUACCACAGUGUUCAGUUAUUUUGUUUUUAACCUUGAUGGCAUUCAUUAUUGCAAUGCUCUUCAAGUGACCGAUCAUAGCUUGAGUAAGUGGGUUCGCUUUGGGAUUCGCGUUGGAGGACAAUACGCAAGUUGCUUCGUGAAUUUCAUGGUGCCAGAGAAAUGGAAAGGGGAAAGAGUGCGUGCUGUGUUACUGUUUAAGAGAGAUAACGCAAUCUUCCCUUUUUUCACACACACACACACAAAAAAAAAAGGUUUCUCUAUUUAAUUCGUGACAGGAAACAAACUCAACUCUUCUAAGUCCUAGAAAAGUAAGGGUAUAUAUUUUCCACAAAAAGCAAUGACCUCACGAAGAACGUUUCCCGCCAAAUGACGAAAGAGCCAAAAUUCCCGCCAUUAUAUAUUUUUUCCUUCUGCUAAGUAGAUUUGUAAAGUGAUUUUUAACCUUUCUAUUUUCCUCCUAUUUUAGUUGUCACACACAAGGUCUAUCCAAGAUGUAAAUAUAAUAUACUCAACGAGUAAGAUGUUAGGCCUAAUAAAAAAGAAAAAUUAUC